GGAAAUGACAAAAUUUUCACUUGGCUUCCGUUCUUACCGCAACAACGUUGUUUUGCAAAAGUUAAAGGAAAUUAAUUACAAUAUGGUGGAAAUUGAGGAAAAUGAAGCUUUCAAUCUCCCUGAAGAUAUCCCGACACUGAUGAUGGCAUUAAAAGAGAUGUUAAAAGUCUUGGAUGAAAAGGAAUUAAUGAUGAAGAAAUUAAUGAGCGAUUUGAACAUAUGUUUUCUGGAAUUGAGUAAACACAUUGAGUGUUUAGUACAGUUCAUGGAGGAAUUGAAAUCUAUGAAUUUCGUCCAAGAGGCGCAUGAUUAUGGCAUUUAAACCAAUUGUCUUGUAUUAAAUACAUGAAUUAAACACUAAA